CGCGAGUCCAGCCCCGCCCGCAGCCCCUCCAGCGCCCGAGCGGAGCCGAGCCGGAGCCUCCGCCGGGAGGGCGCUGCGGCCGGGAUGGGGCAGGUGAUACCAAUCUCGGGGGUCCUCCGCGCCGGCCUCCUCGCGCCCCCACCUCGGCUGGCGAGGAACCUGUGCCAAGGGCAAGAGCUGGGAAACCUGAGAGAGUCCCUGGAGAGUCCGGGAAAGUCCCUGGGUGUCCACUUCUGAGAGCUCCUGACCCUACCCUGGACAACCACCCUUUGUCAAACUCCUCAGCUGGGAUUCUCCAAACCUGCUUCCACAAUGGGUGGGUUGUGAGCGCUGGUAAUGAGGAGCUGUGGGUGCAGCCAGCCUUGGAGAUGCCGAAAAGACGGGACAUCCUUGCGAUCAUCCUCAUCGUGCUGCCCUGGACACUGCUCAUCACUGUGUGGCACCAGACCACCCUCGCGCCCCUGCUCGCCAUGCACAAGGAUGAGGGCGGCGACCCCAGGCGAGAGGCGCCGGUGGGCACGGACCCCAGGGAGUACUGCAUGUCGGACCGCGACAUCGUGGAGGUGGUGCGCACGGAGUACGUGUAUACACGGCCUCCGCCGUGGUCCGACACGCUGCCGACCAUCCACGUGGUGACGCCCACCUACAGCCGGCCAGUGCAGAAGGCCGAGCUCACGCGCAUGGCCAACACGCUGCUGCACGUGCCCAACCUGCACUGGCUGGUGGUGGAGGACGCGCCGCGUCGCACGCCGCUGACCGCGCGCCUACUGCGUGACACGGGCCUCAACUACACGCACCUGCAUGUGGAGACGCCCCGCAACUACAAGCUGCGCGGCGACGCCCGCGACCCGCGCAUCCCGCGGGGCACCAUGCAACGGAACCUGGCCCUGCGCUGGCUGCGGGAGACCUUCCCGCGGAACUCCUCCCAGCCUGGCGUGGUGUACUUCGCGGACGACGACAACACCUACAGCCUGGAGCUCUUCGAGGAGAUGCGCAGCACCAGGAGGGUAUCCGUGUGGCCCGUUGCUUUUGUUGGUGGCCUUCGCUAUGAGGCCCCGAGGGUUAACGGCGCAGGGAAGGUGGUUGGCUGGAAGACGGUGUUCGACCCGCACCGACCUUUUGCAAUCGACAUGGCUGGAUUUGCCGUCAACCUGCGGCUCAUCCUGCAGCGAAGCCAGGCCUACUUCAAGCUGCGUGGUGUGAAGGGAGGCUACCAGGAAAGCAGCCUGCUUCGAGAACUGGUCACCCUCAGUGACCUGGAGCCCAAGGCAGCCAACUGCACCAAGAUUCUGGUCUGGCACACACGCACAGAGAAGCCAGUGUUGGUGAAUGAGGGGAAGAAGGGCUUCACUGACCCCUCGGUGGAGAUCUGAGCCUCAGGACACAGGAGCCUCCUCCUCAGCCUCAGACCCUGUUGUUGGCCUCCAUCCUCUCCCCACAGCUGCUGGACCACCACAGCAAACUCCUGAGGAAGCACCAUCACCUCCUUGCUAUUCUAGGGACCUCUCAGAGAGCCCAGCUUGAUGCCAGGACAAAAGACAGAGAAUUUAAGCACAGAAAUCCCAGACCUGUUCUCUCCAUCCAACACGACACAGGACCUGAGAGACUGGGGGAUGCAGCUGCCAGCAGCGCUGGCACCCAGCACACUCUUGAUAAGCUCUCUGCACUGACAGGGCCUGGGCAGCCACACAGGGCUGGGAGGGAGGUGAGAAGGCCCACAGUCAAGGGGACAUGGCCUGCGCUGGUACCCUGCUUCUGCACGACCACACGGGCUGACCAGCCAGGGAGUAUAAAGACCAGAGAGCAGCCCCAGGGCACCACAUGUGCCCCACACCCAUCUCUGGCACCUGCUCUUCCUGAGCCCUGCUCCCAAAUCAGACAUACCUCUGGCUCUCCUUGGUCCAUGUUUACAGAGCAUCAGGCCGUCUUUGAUCCCACUGGCACCCAGCCCUGCAUGGGGGAGCCUGGGCCUGCCAUAAGUCCCCCGUACCUCAGGCUGUGACGGGAGUGGAGCCCCUUCCUCUUGCCACUUCCCUCAAGCCUUCUCCUCCAGUACUGGCAAGGAGGUGGCCCAGAGCCAGCACAGGUCACUGACUGACCUGCACCCAGAACCACACGACCCCAUUUUCCACACACUGCCUCCCACAACACUAGACUGAGAAGUCGCUUGCCUGGCCAGGAACCAGAAGGGGAAAGGUCCACUUCCUGGAGUUCUGACACCAUCAGACCUCAGGGCUGGAGUGAGCAGCAGUGGGCAGGCAAGAGCUCCUCUGGCCAUAGAGCGGAGGAAGGUGAGGGCAACCUUUAGGUCCUCCCUGCGCAGUCUUGGUGUGUAUGUAUAAGAGAGAAUGGCAGAGGGAUUUAGGGAAAGGGAGCAGAUUUCCACUGAACACUGAGAGGAGGCCUGAGCACACACUGCUUUGGAAAUCAUUCUAUAUUUUUUUAAAAAUGGGAAAGAAAAUCUCACUUCUCCCUAAGUUGGGAACAGGUAGAGCCAGCCUGCCUCAUGCCCAGCUACCCCCUCCACCCGAGAGAACAGUGUGCAGUGAGUGGCUGCCCUCCUCUGAGGGGCGCUGGACAGGUCCUCGCCUGCUGCCCAGCAGCCCCUCCGGUAUGAUCUAGUGCAUGCUCCUGCAGGUUGGAAGCACAAUUUUUCUCCAAAGCGGAGGAAAAGGAAAGGGCCCAAGCCUACUGAAGAGGUGUGUAUUUUUUAACUGCUAACAGCCCCUACUCCAUUAAAACUCACAGGACAGGUUUGCAGACCACUGAGACCAUCCUGGGUGGAUGGGUGGGACUCAGUUCAGAGACCUAACAUUGAGAGCAUAGCACUGGCUGCCUAUCUGGAAGUGGAUUUCACAUUCCAUGGUGUUCACCAGAUCAUCUGCUGGAAUCAGAUCCAGAGCCACCUCGCAGGACAUCUUUCCCAGCCUCUACACUUGGAAACAGACCACUUGGCAUCCAGUGAGGGGACACAGGAGAGGGAGGAGGUGGGCACAGGGCAUCCAUCAGUGAGUGAAUUUACAUCUGCACAUUCUACACCUCACUUGAGGAAACUGGCCCUGAACACCAAGAUCAGAUUGGCUGGUCUGAGACCAUCUUCUUAGCCAAAACCCAAGGCUCAUUUCCAGGAAACUGACAAUGAACAACAAAAUGGGGAUUUUUUUUUUUUUUUUUUUUUUUUGCAGAUGCUAGUUUGGUUGUUUUUUCCCUAAUAUCCUCUCCUAGCUGCAUGUAUAUUUAUUUAUAAUUAUAACCCUGGUGAAGUUCAGCCUUCUCUUUGUUGGAAAUGAGUUUGUUAUAAAUCAGAACUGGUCCACAACAACAACCUGUUCUCCAAACCCAGGCUCCUCCCUGCUCCCAUGCUGGCAAGCCUGCCCCAAAUGAGGCCAGGAUUAGGCGUUCUGAGGGUAGAGGCUGGGGUAGUGUGGAGCUCAGGCAGCUGCACCAUCUGCUCCAUUUUCAUUUAACUGUAAUUUGUUUUCAAAAUUAAAAGUCAAAUAUGGUUUUUAACAGUCAUAA